AUGUACAAAUCAAAGUUACAAGAGCUGUGCUGCCGGCGAUCAUGGAGCUUGCCGGAGUACAAUGCUGUAAAAGAAGGCCCCAACCACUUGCCUUGCUUCAUCGGCACCGUCUUCGUGAACGGCCACUUUUUCCGGACUCCGGACCCCUACACAACCUCCAAAGGAGCUCGUAACGAGGCCACCGGGCUUGCCUUCGGAUACUUAUCAGCGCUGCCGCCUCCUGCAUGUUCGGCUUCUUUCAAUGCAAUACCGCCUGGAGUUGCUCCUCCUCCUCCUUCUGGCGAAGGCAUGCAGUCUGUCUUUACAAACCAACUGCAAAAAUUUGCUCAACAAAGGAGUCUUGCUCUGCCUACGUAUGAUUUUGAGCAUGAGGGUUCGCCACACGCUCCUUUCCAUCGAUUCAAAUGCAAAGUUUCAAUAGAUGGAAGGACAUAUGAAACUGUGGAGUCUUAUAAUACAUACAAAGAAGCCCAACAUGCAGCUGCCGGUAUUGCUCUUAUGUGGUUGUCGUAUGAUACGUUUCAGGAGGUUGAGUGUGCUGUAUACAAAAAUCUUUUUGUAGAUUGCACUAAAAAACAAGGUUAUUGCCUCUCAAUUUAUGGUACUUUUAUGCGUGAUAAAAGCCAUAAACAGGCUUUUGUUUCAACUGUGGAGAUAGAAGGAGAGACUUUUAUAGGGCAAGAAGCAACAACCAAAAAGAUGGCAGAGUGUAGUGCUGCAAAAGUUGCUUACACCACUCUUAAAGAGCGUACAUUAAGUAAGUUACUUAUUUCUUUUUCACCUGGAAAAAGACAAGUUGAUUGGCAUUAG